ACGUCUCCCACAAUUUACAUUGAAUUGCAUAUCUAUACACAAUAAUCCGUGCUCUCUAGAUUUCAGCAGCGCUCACUUGUCAAAUUUUUUAGAAUUAUGAAGCAGUGCAACCAGGCCAAUGGGUUAAAGUGUGUGUUAUGGUUGUGCGUUUGAAAAGAACUUAUUUGUCAUUGUUUCUGGUGGUGUGUAAUUAAAUAUAGUAGCAAGAGUCGCAAAUACUUUAAAUUUGAAUUUUCAAGGCCGUACCUUAAAACGGUGUUGUGACAAGCUGUAUGCAUGCCAAAGUCCGAAGUUUUCGUACAGCAGGUUCACUGACUUUGGGUUAAUCCAAAUGGAUGAGAAAAGUGUGAGGUAUUCGAAAUGUGGCGAGAUUACUACAAAACGAUCGGGGAAGAAAUCAACUUUCCAGACGUCCACCACUGAAAACGGACCUCCACUGAGACGUUCACCGAGACUGAAUGAAAAGGCAAAGCCAUCACAGGCAGUUGUUGCCGCAAAGAAAAAUGCUAAAAUGCGCCAAGUCAGUAAGAAGGUGCCAGACAUUGUUAUAAAAGAUAUUUAUCAAACGGCCAGAGAAGCUAAAGACAUGGUUAGAAAGCAAACAGGUAUAAUUUAUGACAGACACAUGACUGAGCAUAAGUGUAUCUGGGAUCCAAACUAUCCAGAAUGCCCAGAAAGGUUUACCAGAGUUUUGGAAAGGUGUGAAGCUCUGGGACUUAUUUCUCGCUGUUUGUUUUUGGAGGCACGUGAGGCAACAGAAAAUGAAAUUCUUAUGCAGCACUCAGUAGAGCAAGUGAAGAUUCUGAAAGCCACCAGUGAAUGCAGGGAUGAGGAGUUUCUGGAGGAACUCUCCUCUAGAUAUGAUGCUAUAUAUUUUCAUCCUAGAACAUAUAAGCUCUCUCUGCUAUCAGCAGGAAGUGCAAUAGAACUUACAGAUGCUGUAUGUAUGGGAAAAGUUCAGAAUGGCAUGGCUGUUGUCAGGCCUCCAGGUCACCAUGCAAUGAAGAGUGAGUACUGUGGUUACUGUUUUUUCAACAAUGUGGCACUGGCAGCUACACAUGCAUUAACACACUGUGGUGUGUCACGUAUACUCAUUGUCGACUGGGAUGUUCAUCAUGGACAGGCGACACAGCAGAUGUUCUACUGUGAUCCUCGGGUUGUAUAUUUUUCCUUGCAUCGAUUUGAGCAUGGCAGUUUCUGGCCAAACCUGAGGGAAUCUGACUUCCACUAUGUUGGAGAGGGCGCUGGGCUUGGCUACAACUUCAAUGUUCCCCUGAACAAUGUUGGCAUGACUGAUGCAGACUACCUUGCCGUCUUCCAUCAAGUUCUUCUCCCAAUGGCCAGCGAGUUCCAGCCAGAGCUGAUCCUGGUGUCUGCUGGCUACGAUGCUGCAAUUGGCUGUCCUGAGUUUGGGCCUGAACUUGUACUAGUGUCUGCUGGCUAUGACUCUGCCCUUGGGGAUGAGAAGGGUGAGAUGGAGGUUACCCCAGCAUGUUAUGCCCAUCUUCUGAACUCACUACUAUGCCUCGCUGGGGGGAAAGUUGCAGUUAUACUUGAGGGUGGUUACUGUCUCCAGUCCCUUGCAGAAGGAGCAGCACUGACUCUGAGAGCGCUUCUGGGUGACCCUUGCCCUCUUCUCCCCAGUCAGGGACGUCCCUGUGAAGGGAUACGUGAUGCAAUUCUCAAUGUGAUCUACACUCACCAAGACUUCUGGCAGUGUUAUCAGUUCCAAGACAAAUACAGUCCUCGCACUGUAGGCAAUCUGCCAAACAAGAAGUUUCCAGGGCAGGAAGAGCACCAUAUGCCAGUUGUGAAGUUCCUUGGGUCAGGUGAUAAACCAGAACGGUUUGCCACAAGAAACUGCUAUCCAGUGCAGAGCCAUGAGUUUGUGAAUGCUGUAACUGCACGAUUGGAUCACCUCAUAGCAAACACAAAGUUGACAUUUGCACCACACAGAGUCUGCCUUGUGUAUGAUGAACGAAUGAUGAAGCACAAAAACACUGCUGAUCCAAGUCAUCCAGAGAAGCCAGAGCGAAUCUCAGCCAUAUUCUCCAAACAUGAAGAAUAUGGAUUGCUAAAAAGGUGCCAUAUGCUUAAGGCACGUUCUGUGUCACAAGAAGAACUGCUUCUGCUGCAUACCCAAGAACAUAUCAACCUAAUGCAGGAGACUGCCUGCAUGAAGCUGCAGGAGCUUGCCAAAAAGCAGGAUGACUUUCGUUCUGUGUACCUGCACCCAGGCUCCUAUCAGGCUGCUUGUCUUGCUGCAGGUUCUGUUCUUCAGGUGGUGGAUAGUGUUCUGAACGGAGAGAGUCGUUCUGGAGUGGCUAUUGUGCGACCACCAGGGCAUCAUGCUGAGGAGGAUGAACCAUGUGGCUUCUGCAUGUUCAACAAUGUUUCAUUGGCUGCAAAAUAUGCCAUUCAGGUGCAUGGACUGAAACGAAUUCUACUGCUGGACUGGGAUGUUCACCAUGGUAAUGGAAGUCAGCAUAUGUUUGAGUCAGAUCCCAGAGUUCUGUACCUGUCAAUACAUCGCUAUGACAACGGCAGCUUUUUCCCAGGCUCAAAGGAUGCCAACUACAGUGUGGUGGGGACUGGGAAAGGGGAGGGUUAUAAUGUUAAUAUUCCCUGGAAUAAGAGCGGCAUGAGUGACGCAGAGUAUCUGACAGCCUUCUACCAGGUGGUUCUGCCCAUCUCCUACCAGUUCAGUCCUGAGCUUGUACUUGUGUCCUCUGGUUUCGAUGCUUGUAUUGGCGACCCACUUGGAGGCUGCAAAGUGAGUCCAGAAGCAUAUGGUCAUUUGACCCACCUGUUGACUGCACUAGCAGGGGGCCGUGUGAUCCUCUCUUUGGAAGGGGGCUACAAUGUCACUUCUAUCUCUCAUGCUAUGCCCAUGUGCACUAAGGCUCUGCUGGGAGAUCCCCUGCCCUCUCUAGCACCUCAUCAUGUAGCUUGUCCCAGUGCAGUCACAUCCAUUAAGAAUGUAAUUAGAACACAAGCCAGGUACUGGUCAGCAGUGUGUUUUCAGGUGGCACUCCCUCAAGAGAGAGUUGUUCACACAGAGCCACUGGAAGAUAAGCUGCAGGUAGUACUGAAUGUGAGUGGUGGACAUCAAGGAGAAAAUGAUGAGGGAGCACUAAUCACGCUCCAUCACAAGGAAGAAACUGACAGAGACAUAAAAGUUCCUCCUUCUGCAGAACAGAAUUUUGAAGUCAUGUCAGCUGAUUUGUGGCACACAUUAAAUGAAUCUCUUAGUAAAUUCAGUUUAGAUGAAGGUCAGGUGGAUCCUAUUUGUUCGGACAGAAACACUAGUCCCAUGGUACCCUCCAGUGACUCCAGCCCUGUAAGUUCAUCCAUUGAUAUUGAGAGUCAGAUGUGGCCCAAGUCAAGUUCUAGUAAUUUCAAGGAAUUAUCUGCUGUUGAUGUGCCUUUUGAUGAGACUGAGGAAUCAUCGGUUUUCACAUUACCACACACUUGUAGCAUAUCCUUCUCAGAUGAGGGAUACAGGUCAGAAGAGCAGUAUGAUGUUACAACAUUCCAUGAAGGGACUGUGGUCCCAUUGACUGUCAUAACAGAACAUGACGGAAUGAGCGCUGCAGAUAGUGAUGGCAAGAGCAGCAGUGAUCGUAUAGGUGAAGGUCAGCAGGGGCAAAGUGGGAGCACAAGUGAAGAUACAAAUGAGACCUCCAGUCAGAUCCCACACGAACAGACAUUAGUCAACUACCUUUCUGAAAACAUGCAGAUGCUGCUAGCAGGAGAGAUGUUUGCUGUGGUACCACUGCGCAGCUGUCCACAUCUUGUUCAAGUUCAGCCCGUUCCAGAGUGUGGAAUAGACUGUAAUAGUUCAUGUGCCGAAUGUGGCUCUGUGCAGGAAAACUGGGUGUGCUUAGUGUGUUACACAGUUCACUGUGGUCGCUACAUCAGUGAGCACAUGAUGCUGCAUGGCCACGGUAUGUCACACCCACUGACCCUAAGCUUUUCUGACCUCUCAGUCUGGUGCUAUGCCUGUGAAGCAUACAUCGAUAACCAGAUUCUGUAUGCAGCUAAGAAUGCUCUUCACAGAAAGAAAUUUGGAGAAGAUAUGCCUUGGUCAUAUGGCGAUGCAGAUCCUACAUUUCCAGUGUGACUGAAGAUGGAAGAAUUUUCAAACAUGUACAAUAAUGACUUGCCACCAGUAAUACUGCUUGCCGUUUUCACAAUUUUACCUUUAAGAGAAAUAUAAUUUUUAACUUACAAGCUGCAGAAUCAAUGUUACGUCCCAGUACAGAAUAUGAUAUAUUAUUUCACCACUGAAUGUCUCACAGGACCUAUAGCCUGUCAAAUAGUGGUUUAUUUUUUAAAUCAGAAUCUCUUAAUACUACUCAUCAGAUAAUAAUUCAAAAUGUAGACAUAAGUUUCUCUUCAAUUUCUGUAUUAAUCAGUCUUUUUAAUCUGAGAUAAAGGGUUUUCAUCCCAUUUAAAUUAUGGUGCAUUCCUUUGAUCAAGAUGAGUUUCAAGUGUGAAAUCAUAAAGUUGGCUGGACUCCACAUUAGACCAUUUAAAAUAAAACAGCAUUUUAUUCUUAACAGAAAAUGUUUUCUUUUUAUGGCUGGGAGGAACUGGACCAUACAAGUAUUUGCAUACUUGAGUGGGAUUUGCUGUCUGUUUAAAACAUCUGUGCGGGUAUGGAAGAUGAGUCAUGUGUGUUC